GGUGUGCUUUGGGAAGUUAAGAGACGGACGGUGUACCAACUACAUAUUGUCAUUCUGCAUGGAGUUGCCGCAAGUUGGCAAGCAAUGUACCGAGGCAUCUUGCCGACAGCUAGAUUUUCUACCAUUCACUUGUCCAAAUUGCAACAAGGUAUUUUGCCAGGACCAUUGGAAACGAGAGGAUCACAAAUGUCCAAGCCUGCAAGAUCCCAAUGCCGACUUUAGAGUACCGACUUGUCCCAUAUGCCACAAUCCAGUGCCUAUCAAGCGUGGAGAGGACCCAAAUCUUAGGAUGAAUCAGCACAUUGAGAGUGGAUGCAAUGAUAGACAAACUAGUACAUCGCCGCCUUCAAACGUAUGUAGGCAACAAGGGUGCAAAACAAAGUUACUGGUCCCUAUGAUCUGUUCCAGCUGCAAACAAUCUUACUGCGUCAAACACCGCCUUGAGACGGAUCACCAGUGCACAGGUCGAAGAGCAGCUAGCGCCAGCCCGUCACGCAGCGCUAACUCGAAACGAAAUAUGACAAAGUUUUUCCACAAAGACGUUCCUCCACGGCCUGCAAGUACCCCAGCCGGCGCCAAUUCGAAUCGUGCACCUAGUCAUGCCCAUGCUCAAACUGGCUUAGGCAUCAGACCUAUUGAUAGAGAACACCAGCGGCAUAGACAGGUUCUUGAAGACAAAAUUAGACGGGGUGUGGCUUUAACGGAAUCUGAGCAAGUUGCUUUAGCAACCUACCGAUCGAACGAUUCUUCCUCCAGUGAUGGAAAGAGCUGCAUCAUUUCCUAACUUCUCUAGCUUCCUUCUUUUGCCUUUGCCUUACAUACCCCUUUUCAAACUAUCCACUAGGGUUCCCUUCUCUCCUUAAUGAUUACAUCUUUUGUUGCUACGGCAACUCAUUGCUAUCUUAAACGAAUACAUGCACCAUGUAUAUUCAGUAAAUUUCUACAGCAUUCGUUAU